AUGCCCUUCACAACACCUCCACCAAACCCGCAACACGCAACCCUCUCCUUCCCCUCCCCGCACAUCCUCCUCGUAACUCUCAACCGGCCCCGCGACCUAAACUGCAUCAACACAACAGGCCACCAAGAACUCAGUUCCAUCUGGCAGUGGCUAGACGAUGAGCCCUCGCUGCGCGUGGGGAUCCUAACCGGAACAGGGAGGGCGUUUUGCGCUGGCGCAGAUCUGAAAGAAUGGAACACCCAAGCUCAGUCGAACAGCACCCGGAAACCCAUGGCGGAGGGCGGCUUCGGCGGCUUAUCUAGGCGCAGCGGCAAGAAACCCGUCAUCUGCGCUGUCAACGGGCUGUGCCUCGGCGGUGGAUGUGAGAUGGUCGUCAACGCGGACUUGGUCGUGGCCUGUCGGCAGGCGUUCUUCGGGCUGCCUGAGGUGCAGCGCGGGGUGGUUGCCAUCGCGGGGGCGUUGCCGCGAGUGGUUCGUACGGUGGGGCGGCAGCGGGCGAUGGAGAUGGCCUUGACGGGGCGGAGAGUCUCGGCGGAGGAAGCGAAAGAGUGGGGGUUCGUCAAUGAGGUGGUGGACGAGGCGAACCAGGUAGUGAAGCGGGCCAUCGAGAUCGCGGAGCUGAUUGCGGCCAACAGUCCCGAUUCCGUGGUGGUGAGUCGGGAAGGCAUCAAGUUGGGCUGGGAGGGAGUCGGCGCAGAAGAUGGCAGUCGGUUGCUCGUCGACACCUGGUCAAAGAGGCUGUAUGAAGGGGAAAAUAUCAAGGAGGGUCUGCGCGCGUUUGUCGAAAAGAGGAAGCCCAAGUGGGUGGAUAGCAAGUUGUAA